CAAGAUUUUGGCGGUAAUGUUGGGAAAGGCGCUACGAAAUGACAAGAGGUUUGCCUACAAAGGUCAUUAUCCGAAGAUUACCUCCUAGACUAAAGGUCGAUGAUUUCAUCAAAAUUGUCGACCCUCUGCCUGCACAUACUUAUUUCAAGUUCUGUGAUGCAGAUGACUCUUUGGGCAUAUUCGGGCUCACACGUGCGUAUAUAACAUUCACUGAUAUUGACGCAUUAUUCGACUUCAAAGAGAGGUUUGAUGGCUACAUUUUUUUGGACUCUGAGGGAAAUGAGUCUUCCGCAAUUGUAGAAUUCGCUGUUUGCCAGGCACUAGCAAGCGCUAAAGGAUCUUCGAAUGGGAAAAAAGGAAAUCAAGUAGACAAGAAACAGGGGACUUUGUCUAGUGACCCAGAUUAUCUGAGCUUUGCAAAAUCUGUGGAAUCUGUUGAAGCUACUAGCGAAACAGAAACUGAGUCGAAAAAGACCCCAUGGGAAGCAAUUUUAGAUGAGCUUCAGAAUAGGGAAGCAGAUAAUGCCCAGACUCAAACUGUUACACCACUUCUGGCCUACUUAAACAAUCGCGAUGCAGAUAUCAGGCGCAGAGAUGAAGAAUCAUCACGCUACAGGCAGUUCAAACAGGCCGGAGCAUCAUUAGCUAGAAAGAGAGUUGAAAAACCACUACGGAUUCAUCCAACAGCUAGGCGAGGACAUGAUGUAAAACGUAAUUCAACAGAUCGUUCAAAUUUUAAAGAAAGUUCCCACCAUAAUAAUACCAAAGAGGGAACGACAGGAACAGAUUCCAAAACACUACAGAGUAAUAAAUCUGAAAAGUUAGCAGUUGUGUUGAAUGCAGAUGAAUUUCCUGCUAUGCAAAGUUUGUAUCAGCGUUCGAACAAGGUUCCAAACCAAGUACCUGAUCGGUCUCCAGUGUGGGUUUCAGGCAGUUCAGACUCGACUGGCGAUAAAUUGAGUUCACCUCUGUCCAAAAAUUCUGCCAAUUUAAUAGACUUAAAAGAACCUACAAAGAUUUUAGAUGUUGCUUCUGACAGCAAGGAUAAAGCUAACCAUUUCGAUUCAGAAGGAAGCAGACCAUCAGAAAGAGUGACUGAACCAAGAAAUAAAGAGUUACAUACCAAGAGUCAAGUUGGACAGGUUUCAGGCAGUCAAAAUGAACCAACAUUUAGUGAAUGCAACUCAAAGCAAGAUAAUGCCUUCAGAGCUAAGAAAGGUUCUCACUAUACAUUUGUCAAUUCAGUUCGUAAACCGUCUUCUAAACUCCUUAGGAGUAAACGAGAUCCAGAUGCCAAUACACAGAGUUAUGGCAUAGGAAAUUAUGCGACCGACGAGCAGGAAAAUGAUUACAGUCACGACCGAUCCAAUUGUUUUUUCAAACCUGGAAGUCGAGGUCGUGAUAACCGACGCGUUACUGUAACUAGCCAUGAAACGUAUCCCAACUCAUCUCGAGAUUCGCACAGGGGAUCUCAACAUAUUUCAAAAGAAACUUCCGGUCGGAGUCAUGAUCAGGGAGAUUCUAUCCGCACUGAAUAUUAUUCUGAACAACAUAACGGAAGUGCUAGAUUUUCCGGCAAUUCUCGAAACUCUGGUCCAUCCAGUAGAGGUCGACCUAAUUCAAUGGGAACUGGUUCUUAUCGUCGUCCAGGCAGUUACAGUUCUCGUGGCCGGGGUUCGGGUUUUUAAACUAGUGAAUAUAAAUGCCAGUCUGUAUAACGCAUUUCAACUGAUCAUCUUUUUUGUUCAGUGACUUUUGAUUUGUGGUGUGAUCUGUAACCACUGAGUGAAUAGGUUCAUCUUAGUGUUGUAAUUUAUGUAUCAUGAGUACAGAUGAAAACUGACACUUUACAGUUAAAACUUGAGUCUUAAACUGAAUCCCUUUAUUCAAAUGAUGCUCUGUUUAUUAAAAAAUAAUUUUCUCAUCUAUUUA